AUGGUACUAAAUUGGCCUAAGCGGUUUCUCAUUAUCAAUGGUAUUGUUCGAGGGCUUCUUUACCUUCAUCAAGAUUUCAUAUUGAGAAUAAUCCAUAGGGAUCUCAAAACCAACAAUAUUUUACUUGAUAGUGAGAUGAACCAAAAAAUUUCAGAUUUUGGCAUUGCCAAAAGUUUUGGAGGAAAUGAAAUUGAAGCAAAUACAAACACGGUGGUUGGAACAUAUGGUUACAUGUCUCCAGAAAAUGCAAUUGCUGGAUUGUACUCAACGAAAUCUGAUAUUUACAGCUUUGAUGUUUUGGUUCUAGAGAUUGCAUGGACUCUCUAUAUGGAAGGUAGAUCUUGGAACUUAUUGAUACAUCAAUGGGAGGUACCUGCAAUUGAUCUGAAGUGCUGCGUUCUAUCCAUGUUGGUCUGUUAUGUGUCCAACGUUCUCCAGAUGAUUGACCCAGCAUGUCUUCUGUGA